UCGAGGUCGCCGGCUCACUGCCUCUUUCUUCUCUUCCUCUGCGUGACAUAGAACUAGAGCAGCAGACGCCGCGAUGGGCUUCGGAGAUCUCAAAUCCAAUGCUGGCCUGAAGGUCCUCAAUGAGUUCCUGGCCGACAAGAGCUAUAUCGAGGGGUAUGUUCCCUCCCAAGCUGACGUUGCUGUAUUCGAGGCUCUCUCUGGUGCUCCCCCUGCUGAACUCUUUCAUGCAUUAAGGUGGUUCAACCACAUCAAAUCUUAUGAGAAGCAAGCAGCCAGCCUUCCUGGAGUGAAGAAGCCUUUGGGCAAAUAUGGCCCUGUAAAUAUUGAGGACACAACAGACAGCGCUGCUAAGGAGACUAAAGAGGAUGAUGACGAUGACAUUGAUCUGUUUGGCUCUGAUGAGGAGGAGGAAAGCGAAGACGCAAAGAGAAUCAGGGAGGAGCGUCUGGCCCAGUAUGAAUCAAAGAAAUCUAAAAAACCAGCACUUAUUGCCAAAUCAUCUCUUCUCCUCGAUGUGAAGCCAUGGGAUGAUGAAACAGACAUGGCCAAACUAGAAGAAUGUGUACGAAGUAUCCAGAUGGAUGGCUUGGUGUGGGGAGCAUCAAAGCUUGUUCCAGUGGGUUAUGGCAUUAAAAAGCUGCAGAUCACAUGUGUGGUAGAAGAUGAUAAAGUGGGCACAGAUGUUCUGGAGGAAAAGAUCACGGCAUUUGAAGACUUUGUUCAGUCCAUGGAUGUUGCCGCUUUCAACAAGAUCUAAAUCCAGUUCCAGCACUUUCACACAGCACUUCAAUAAAACGUUGCAUCACUUAA